GCGAGUGGAGGCAGCUAGGAGCCUCAUGCGUGCGAAGCAGCAACUGGCACAAGCUGCAGCAGCAGCAACAGCAGCUGCAGUAUCAACAUCAGCAACGGCAGCAGCAGCAUCCGCAUCAUCAGCAGCAGUAUCAGCACCAGCUGCAGCGGUUGCAGCGGCACAAGCAGCAACUGGAGAACAAAAUUAACUCCCUCGUUCUCACCAAGGUGCCAAGGGUGCUGCUAGUCGGUCCAACAGACUCGGGCAAAUCCACGCUAGGCAGAAUGCUUCUAUGCUGGGCGGCCAGGCAGCAGUGGCAUCCCACGUACGUGGACCUAGACGUGGCUCACAGCAGUGUGACCGUGCCGGGGGCAGUAGCCGCCACGCCUGUGGAGGCACCCCUAGAAGCCAACGCCAGGACUGUGGAGGAGGCGCCUCUGGUGCUGUUCUAUGGGCAUACCAACCCCAGUGCCAACCUUGACCUAUAUCGAGCACUGGUGACGGCACUGGCAGACGCAACAGACAGGCGACUGGGCAUCACACCCUUGGGAGACGGAGGAGGAGGGGAGGAGGGGGGAGGGGAUGGUGGAACAGCAGGAGCAGGAGCAGGGAGGGAGGCAGCAGGAGAGGCGGCAGCGAUAGGGGCGGCAGCAAUAGGGGCGGUUCCAGUGGAGGCAGCAGCAGCAGGGAUCAUAGCGAACAGCAUGGGAUGGGUGGACGGGGCUGGUUACCAGCUGCUGCUACACUCCAUUGAUGCCUUGCGGGCCAACGUGGUGCUUGUACUGGGGCAGCAUGCUCUCUCAGAGCACUACCGAAGCAAGGCAGCAGCAGCUGGUGCUGCCCACGGCACUGCUGGCGGUGCUGCCAGCAGCAGCCAUACAGCGGCGGUGGAGGUGGUGAAGCUCCUUCUCUCCUCAAGUGCCGUCCUCCCCUCCCUCUCCUGCCCACCCUCUCACCACAGGAGCGACUUUACAGCAUGCUCUCGGAGCACUACCGAAGCAAAGCAGCAGCAGCUGCUGCAGAUGGAGCGGCUGUACAGCAUGCUCUCAGAGCACUACCGAAGCAAAGCCGCAAAGGCUGCAGCGGAUGGUACCCCUGCCAGCCAUGCAGCGGCGGUGGAGGUGGAGCGACUCUACAGCAUGCUUUCGGAGCACUACCGAAGCAAAGCGGCGGCAGCUGCUGCGGAUGGUAUCCCUGCCGGCCAUGCAGCGGCGGUGGAGGUGGUGAAGCUUGUGCGGUCCGGAGGUGCCGUGUCCCGUGCUUCCAAGUUCAGGCAGCGGUUGAGACAAGCAGUCAUAAAGGUACAAAAGAACGGGAACUGA